CGGGGAUGGAUGCCUUUCGUCACCGGUCGAGCUUUACUUUCUUUGCGCUUCCAUCUCUGACGCGCCAAAAGAUCUUCGCACAAUUUUGUUGUCCUCCUGGUAAACUUGUCCGCCCUUUUAUAACAAUUGAAUCUCUUGUGACAUAGCUCAUGAGAUAUCUGAUGGUUACACCCAACAUCGAAUUCAGCUCUGUCUGUUAGACUAUUACUCCAAUUGAGCCUUGCGCAGUGCCCCGCCAUCAGCAAACAAAGCACCCAUCGCAAGGCAGCUCUAAGCCCCAGCCAUGUUCUCCGUUGUCAUUCCAGGCAGACCAUGUCUGACUGAUAUCUCCACUAUCGAUCCUCAACCGAACGGACAAGCCACAAAAUUCGCUUUCACUUUCCCUUCCAAUCCUCGCUUCGCUCAUGUCGCUGUCUUCUUCCUACCAGGCACGGUCCUACCACCGGACACAGCCGCUGCAAUCUACAUCCAGCUGCCAGAGUCGAAUCCCACACCUAAUGGGCCGCAGUUCAAGUUCCUUGGGGCGAUAGCAAACGAAAAGCCGUCAGCGAUCUUCAGGGUCAGGUCGAGUGAGCCUUCAGACCAGCCUCGGCGGUCAGAAGCAGAAGAGCAAGACGAGAUGCUGGACGAGGGAGCGAGCAACUUAUCAGGUGGACAGUCAAUGGGAGGAACGGUGGUACUGGGUAUUUCCGUCGAGCCAGUUCAGAGCGUUGCAGCUCAGCUGGCUGAACUCCGUGCCCGAGGAAACCCGACUGCUCCUUCGACCGCGCUGGUGCGACAGUCGCCUGAACAGCAGCGACAAAACAAACAAGUCACUACGAAGGUCCUUGCGCAGCGGAUUAUCGGGAAUGCGUUCAACUUCCUGGCGAGCUUUGCGGAGUCGAGUCCACAAAAGGGGGAGGAGGUGGUGCCUCUCAAAGCCUUCCGGGACUGGUGGUCGAAAUUCGAACGGCGUAUUGAUAUGGAUCCUACGUUCUUAGAAAAAGAGGAUCCCAAUGCUUGAUGUUGGGGUUCCCUAUGUGAUAAAAUAUGCUGCAAGUGCGUGAAGUUACUUGCUUACGCACCGGUUGAUGAUUCAUGUAUACUAAUAUUUGUGCGGAGUUUGCCAAAAGACUAUUUUCUCUUUGAUGACUACCCUCUUAGUUAACGAUAUCAGACUAUGGACUCGUGGGUUUACCAAAACAUUGCUGCUUCUGGACAUGGCCGAAAGAAUAGAUACAGU